CGAAACCCUGGAUCAUGAUCAUAACAUCCAGCAACAACUGAGAACACAUCCCGAGGUAAUCAUUAAUUGUCCAUCUUUCUCCCAUCAUUACAUAGAACCGACUUGGAACUUGGGAAAUUAGCUUGGUUGGAAGCAAUGGCGGCCGAAGAAGAUCUCUCCGAAGGAGGCAUGGCCGACAUCGUUCGCGCCUUGGAGCUCAUCCACAACCCGUCGUCCACGAAUGAACAACGCCUAGACGCCUUGGGCUUCGUGGAGAGGCAGAAGCGAAGCCAGUCGGCGGCUCGGAAUGGCUUUCUGCUGGCGUCGGGAGCAAACCAGAAUCCGCUGGUCCGCUAUUUUGGUCUAGGUCUUCUGGAUCAUGUCUUGCAGCACACCUCGUUUACAGCACCGGAACAGGUGCUUGCGUUGAAAGACCCGGUUCUCAAACUGGCAGAAGCUAUUCGACCCGAAGAUCCCCCGUAUAUCCGCAACAAAAUCCCCCAGCUAUGGGCCGAGGUUGCUAAGAGAAGCUGGGGGUUGGACUGGAUUGACAUGGAUCAGACCCUCUUUCAAUUUUGGGAAGCAAGCCUGGUGCACAAGGAGCUGGUCCUCUCCAUUUUGGAAACCUUGUCUGAAGACGUCUUCUACCGCGAAGACCACGUUUCUUCCUUGCGGGGAACUGACCUGAACAGAGCCUUGGUGGAGAUCUUUACGCCGUUGGCGGUCUUUGAGGAGUUUUAUCCCAAGCGGGAGCACCAUGUCGAACUGCGAUACGGCACCGAUUCCUGGCUUGCCCGCAUAAGCGAGUUUCUCCAGUACUGCAUCGAGAACCUGCAGAACUCGAAGCAAGCGAAGGAUGCUGCAGUCAAAGCGCUGGCAACGCUGAAGUCUGUCCUCCUUUGGGCGAUCCCCAAGGCCAUCAUCUCCUCAAACUGCGUUCCGACUAUAGCGAUGGCGUUGACGUGCAACGAUGAGCAGGUUUUGCUGGCUGCCAUCGAAGCCUUACACGCCUUGUAUAGCAGAUCAAACAUCGACAUUGGAAGCUUCCAGCCACUUGUACACAAGAUGUAUGAAACAGACUAUUUGAAUGUCCUGCAGAAGUUGUACGAGUGGUCAGUGGUGGGACCCGAGGACAUUGACGAUACAAGAUACAUGAUCUCGAAGAAAAUUUCCGAGAUGCUAUCAUACCUUGCAGGAUUCCUUGAGGAGAAGGGGUUUUCAUUGGAAAGCGUUCAUGGAAUGAACCUCCCGUUCUUUUUCCACCUUAUGUUAAAUGUUAUUCAACAUCGAAGCUUGACAGUUUCGAUACCUGUUCUCCAUGUGUGGUCCAAACUAUUAGCUUCUGAGAGGAUUGGAAACACCGAUUUGGUCACUGGCCUGAUCCCCGCCCUGCUAGAAAUUUGUACCCAGCGGCUGGUCCGUUGGGAGUCUCUCCCAGUCGAUUCCGAUGACCCUACAGUAGUGUUCCUCGUUGAGGACAUCGACACCGUCCCUGAAAGACAUGCGUUUGUGGGCAACUACCGCCGUUAUUGCUCCGCUAUUAUCGAGACCACCGUCCAUAAGAGACCGCAAGAGGCCAUCCCGCAUAUCCUAUCGACCGUCGAUGGCAACCUGGACAACCUCUACCUUGGAGUUGAGCCUUUCAAUGUAAAAUCAUUUUCGAAAAGCUCGCUUCCUCUCAUGCGUGCGGACACGCAAUUCGCUGUCGUUGAGGCCACCCUGAAAGGAUACAACAAAUGGCUAGCAGCACUCGGAAAAAUGCCGCAGCAGGAUGAGCAACAAAGAAGCGAGCUGGAAAACAUCUUGGAGACUUGGACUUUCAAGCUGAUGCAGAGAAAUUUCGAGGACCCUAUUUUGAAGCAGCGUAUCAUCAAACUCAUCGUUGAUGUUUCUUCGAAAGCUCUUGACAAGACCCCCAGCUUUGCGCUUAAGGUCCUCGAAUACAUCCUCAUGACACGCCUUCCCGACCAACCCGAAUUCCCCGCCUACUCGGAGGCCGUGAAAGAACUCCACGGACUGGCCAGCCAUGAACUUCGACGUCUUGCGAUGCGCUACGCCGACUAUUUCUCUACCUUCUAUGAUCUUCUUGAGCCGAAAAUCAGAGAGAUAAGCCAGGCAAACCGUGUGGAUGACAAGCUGCAAAUGGAACUGAUUUCGAUCCUUCUAAUAAUCAUGCAACGUGCGAACAAUGUGGAACCCCAGGCUCGCCAAUAUCGAUUGGCCUCUUUUGUGGAGCCUAUAAAACAAGCAUGGCAAGAAGAGGAGCUUCGAAGAAUGAGCUCGUCCUUUGAAGGAUUUUGUGACAUGCUGGGGUUGCAAAGCGUGGGACCAUACAUGAACACUCGGCAGGCGCAGAAACUAGAAGAUUGGACCUCAGUGCCUCUAGAUGAUGAAGGUAGACGGAUUCAAGAAGAGAUGACAAGGAAGUUCCAGCAAUUGCCCCUGCGAGGCACCAAGACCAUGCUCGCUGUUUCUACAGAGAAGUUGAAAAAGACCGAGCCUGCAUAUGAGCUUGCAUGCGGGGUCUGGCAUGAUAUUAUCCCGGUCAUCCUGCCGACCUUGUUGCAGCUUGUUAGUAACGCGCAUGCUUUCCAUAACCCGACAAACUGGAGCGGUCUACCCGAUGACAUGAAGGCUGUCGUCGAGCGCAUUUUGACCGACAGGUUUUGGCAGGCAGGGAUUUCCACGGGUAGCCGGGACGAAUUCUAUGCUAGAAUCACUUCGUCUCGGGCAUCCGUCGAGGGUUUCGCAUCCUCGGUCAGGGGCAAAAUCCGAGCGGUUCGGGAAUCCUGUUACUCGAUGCUAUUUAGCAUGAGUAGGCUAAGGGAACAUUUCUAUGGAUUUGCUGAACUCCCCGGACCUCUGUCUCAGGCGUUAUUCAAAGACUCGUCGUAUCUCUCAUCUCACCAAUUUUCUGUCCUUUUGAACAUCUCGAGAUGCUUGAUUGAUGACUGCCCGGUUCGAUUCAGAGCACAGUUCUUACCCCCGAUGCUGGCAACCCUCUUCACAAACAUUGACCGGAAGGUCACCUCCGAGUGGGAGGUUAUCGAACAACGGAGGGAAGGCGUUGAAAGUGGUGAUUUAACUGAUGAGAUGAAAUCAGAGAGCAUUCUCCGGCAACUGACAUAUUCCGCGGUCAUCAUGGUGGCAAGUCUCCUCGACCCGCAAAGAGGAGAUCCCGACGAGGAGCCGGUGGAUCCAAGCGCUCCGCAGCAGGCGCCCGCGCUCUCUGACUCGAUACGACAUUUUGUGCUUUCAUCGCCCGAGAUCUUUGAGCCCGUGAUGUUGUUCUGUACCCACGCCCUUCGUAUGCGUGAUACUCGUUGCUGCAGUAUCAUCACUCGCGUGAUUCGGUCCAUCCUUCAGGACUUUGCCCCUCCCAACCAAUCUGCCACGACGGUGACGAUCCGCGAGUUUAUCAGUUCCGAGGUACUCAAAGCUUGUAUUACGUCUGUGCACGAGGCCUACUUUGUAGAUAUGCAGAAAGACUUGGCUCAGCUCAUCGCAUCGAUCUGGGUUCUCUACGGAUCGAGCAGCCCGACACCGCGCUCAGUAAUCCUCAGCCUUCCCGGCAUGGAUGAGCAGCGAGUCGCAAAUGCCGAAGCCGCUCUUGUGAGAUCGACGGCAGCCAGGCAGCAGCGCGCCCUCAUUUUGGACCUCCUGGAGGGUCUGCGUGGGGUUAGCAUCGCCGAACAAGGCAAAAUCCUGGGCACCCGAGAGGAGCGACGCAAGGCUCGGAGUGCCUUGCAGGAGAGAUAUAUGACCGCUGAGAUGGAAGGCCAGCAAAACAACAAGGUUGACAUCAAUGACGGGCCCGAUCUGGCAGGGGUUGCGGACAUGUUUGGUUAAAGCACCGCCCUCUCCCUCUUGAGGUCGACUCAAUGCCUCAAUUGUAUUAGUAUAAUGGUUUGGUGCCGUGAUCUCUCCCACCUCUACGUCUCUCGCUUCCCUUUCUUUCCUUCGUUUGUUUUCCGGCAUCACGAGUAUAAAAGAAUAUAGAAACAUGACAAAUGAAAUUUGUUUU